AUGUCUUCUGGUAACAACCCAGCGAACGGCCGAGCAAAUGGCCCAACUAACGCUCCAGCUAACAACCAAGCAAAUGGUACAGCCAACACUUCAGCCAACACCUCAGCCAACGGCCCAGCUAACGGCCCAGCUAACAUCCCACUUCGCACUCGAACUGACAUCCCAACUGUCACCAUGGACACUGCAAAGGUCCAAGGUGCCCUGAUCCUCCUGCACAUGGACAACCCCAGCGCUGUCCGCCGACUCUAUGUUGGCCCUCAAGACGUCCUACCUCUCGUUCAUUACGGCGAGGCUGCCCACACCCUCACGACCUUGGCUGAUCCCACGACUGCUCCGACUUCCGGCCAAUGCACCGGCUGCAAUGAGCAGAAGUGUUUCACUUGCGGUCGUUGUGGCUGUCUCAACUUUCAAUCUGGCACCGUGUACGCUCCUACUUCGUUCUGCCGUAACGAUCAGUCUGACCCCAUGUCUGCUCAGACUCGAAGCCGAUGCGAGGGCUGUAACCAGCAGAAAUGCCUGACAUGCGACCACUGUGGCUGCCGUAACUACCAGUAA